CCUUUCUGCUCCUAUGAUGCUGCUUGGCCUGCUGUGUUCAUCCAGCCCUGCACCUUGUCACCAAUAUCAGUGGUUAGUAAGUCAACCAAUGACUGAAAACAAUAUUUUAUUGACAGUCCUUUUCGGCCACACACAAAUCCCAGAUCGAGAUUCUGGCCAUCCCACCGCGUUUGCUUGUGAAAAUAAAAGCGAAAGCCAGAAAUCUGAAAUAACAGCAGAAUGCUUUGGCUUUGCCCACUUUUAUUAAACCGGGGACUACCGGAGCCUGGUUUAAAACAAUGUCUUCCCCAUUGCGUACAAUUAACACCCCAAGGUUCAUCAGACUGUUAGCAAACGUAACGUCGGAGGAGGAGAUUUGAGGGCAGCUUUAUCAAAGAGGACUGACAUCUGCACUAGGAAAUACAUCAGUGCUGUGCAGCAAAUCCAUUCACAAAGGUGUUGCUACUUUGCUUAAUCGUUUUGGUUCUGCCUCCUUCAACAAUGUUUUUAUUACUGACUGAAGAGAAGCUACUGACUUUAGAAAAAAUCUUAAAGAAUUACUUGCCAGCUGCAAUAAAAGAAGAAACAUCCAAGGAAACUGAAUUUACUCUUACAGUAUUUUCCAGAGAUCAGAGCAGUUUGCAUAAACUGCUUAUGGAUGACAACAUUGUAAACUGGAAAACCCGUUUCAUGUUUGGAGGGAUUGACAGGAAUUUCCUUGAACUAAUGAAGGCUGUUGCAGCUUGCAAAAAAUCUACAAUAAGCUUCACAUCCAGUUCCUACACAAUGGUACUACAAGAUCCGAAGGACCUCCUUGAUAUCACCUCAGAACAGGCUUAUGUUGCUUCCAGAAUAAGUCCUCUAGACAUGUCACAUGCAGAGAUAGUAAACAGAAAUUGGAAGUUUGGAAUGGAUGAUACCGGUCUCAAAUUUGUGAAAAAUAUUAUUGCAAAUUUCCCCAGCUACUGCAUUCUAGAUGAAACUGAUAAUCCUGUUUCCUGGCUGCUGACCUAUCCGUAUGGCGCAAUGGGAUUACUGUACACUCUACCAGAGCAUCGCAGGAAGGGCUAUGCCAAGUUACUAGUGACCAAAAUGGUGAAAGUUCUGCAAAACCUUGGAUAUCCUAUAUAUUGCUUCAUUGAAGAUGAAAAUAGCAGGUCGUACCAAUUAUUUCAGAAGCUUGGUUUUAAGGAAGCCCCUGAAAUUCAUGCUAUAUGGACAUGGUGCCAACCUUCAUAAAGGUAACCUUUUCUGUUUAAAAACUAACAUAAGUAUUCUGUGAUGUGGCCUCACCUUACUUUCUGAAUAUUGAGAGCUUAUGAUUUUCUGGUUGUACAAUGUGCAGUUUUUUAAGCAAAAUAUAAUGAGCAGAUGGAAUCUCUACAAUUUCUGAUGUUAGUUUUGCACUGUGAAUAAAUAAAUGCUUACCAUAUCAAAUAGCUCAAAGGACUGUACUAUGUUUUCUGGGAAGUAGAAGGAGUCCAGUUUUCAGGCACAUCACCAACAUUCUGAAAGUACUUAGUAGGUUGUGAACUUGACUUCAUCCAAACCAGCUCACUCCACAACCAUUUAAUGAGUCUUUUAAUUGGCUUGAGGUGAGACUUGCUUCCCCGUCAGGAAGAAGGUCCUGCCUUGGAAAGCUGCCAGCCAAUCGAAUGGGCAGUGCAGAGGGGAAACAAUAGACAAGAAGAAAUAGGAACAGGAGUAGGCUGGUCAGGCCCUUGAGCCUGCUCCGCCAUUCAAUAGGAUCAUGGCUGAUCCAACAUUCCUCAAGUUCAUUUUCCUGCCUUUUCCCUGUAACCCUUGAUUCCCCUAUGGAUUGAGAAUCUAUCUCAGCCUUAAAUAUAUACAAGGACUCUGCCCCCACAGCUGUCUGUGGCAAGGAGCUUCAAAGACUUUCAACCAUGUGAGAGAAGAAAUUUCUCCUUAUCUCAGUCUUAAAUUGGUACCCCUUUAUUCUGAGACUAUGCUGUCUGGUACUAGAUUCUUCCAUAAGGGGAAACAUCCUCAAUCAGUAUUUAUCCUGUCAAGCCCCUUAAGAAUCCAUUUCAGUAAGAUCACCUCUCAUUCUUCUAAACUGCACAGUGAGUAGAAUCCCAAUCUGGUUAACAUUUGCUCAUAAGACAAACCUGCCAUACCAAGGAUCAUCCUAAUGAGCCUUUCUGAGCUGCCUCCAGUGAAACUAUAUCUUUCCUUAAAUAAGGGGACUAAAAUGGCUCUCAGUAUUCCUGUAUUACUUGUAUAGUUGCAAUAAGAUUUCCCUGCUCUAUACUCCAAACCCCCUUGAAAUAAGGUCCAACAUCCCAUUUCCUGAUUACCUGCUGCACCUUUGUAGUAACUCUGUGUUUUGUUAUUAAAUAUCCCCAAGUCCCUUUGUGUGCAGCUUUCUACAGCUUUUCUCCAUUUAAAUAAUAUUCUAUUCUUUGGUUCUGUCUUCCAAAAUGGAUAACUUCACAUUUUCGACAUUGUACUCUAUUUGCCAAUCUUUUGCCCACUAACUUAACGUAUCGAUAUCUCUCUGUAAACUGUCUGUAUGCCCUGUACAACUUGUCUUUCCACCUAUUUUUGUGCCAUCUGCAAAUUUGGCUAGAGUACAUUCGCUUUCUUUCACCAAGUCAUUAAUAUUGUAAGCAGUUGCAGGCCCAGCACAGAUCCCUAUGGAAUCUCACUGGUUCCAGGUUGCCAACCUAAAAAAAAACCCCUUAUCCCCACUAGCUGUUUCCUGUCCAUUAGCCAAUUCUCUAUCCACACCACAAUACCACAUCCAACACCAUGGGCUCUUAUCUUAUGACUUAACCUUUCGUGAGGUACCUUGUCAAAUGUCUUCUGGAUGUCCAAAUACAACACGUUUACUGCCUCCAUCAGGGUAGUGGGAUAUCUUGCAGGGGGUGCCAGCAAUAACCAUUAGGAGGCCCAUAAAAGAGGCAGCACCCCCUUGCUCAGCCACCUGCUCAUCAGUGGAACAUAGGUAGCAUUUAUGCCUGAUGUCAUCCGUCACUAAUACAAUUGCAGCAUGGGCUGUUCGGGGAAAGAACAAAGGGCAAUAUCACUACCUUGGUGCCCAAUUUAAUGGUAUCCAUCAGGCUUGUGGGGGUAGCAGGUAAGAAUGAAGGGAACCCAAUUCUGGGUCUGUGAAAGAUAGGAAAGUGAGGGAGUAAAAAUUCAGGGAAUUGGCACUUACAUUAUCAAGGGCUGUGUCAACCAGAAUAGUGCAGUCCUGGAGGAAAAUGAAAGCAAUAGUGGAAGCACUGAUUAUAGAGUGGAACAGAGUCCCUGGAGCAAGCACAGUGGGAGCAAGUGUAAUCAAUGUAGCAGAGAGAGUCACUAGAUUUGAAGUAGAUGUUGAUCGCCAGCCUAUCCCCAAAAAUAGGAUAGAGAACGUGAGGAAUGGAAAGGAAGCAAAAUAUUGGAGGUGAACUACAUAAAGGCAAGGAAUGGAUGAUACAGGUAUUUUUCAGCACCUUGCACAUCAAGUUAUUAACUGAGCUGUUUCUUUAUUGGCAGGUUUGCUUAUGAUCUAGACAGAAGCAUGAGAUCAAUUUAGUGAUGGCGCUGAUUUGAAUCUUAAAAUGAGAUGGAUAAUGGCAUCUGGAUUCUAAAAUUUAAUAGGAUUUUAAUCUUUAAAAUUUCUGUUCAGUAAAAUGAACAGCGCAGCACAGUGGCUCAGUGGUUAGCACUGCUGCCUCACAGUAGCAGGGACCUGGGUUCGAUUCCACCCUCUGUCGACUGUCUAUGUGGAGUUUGCACAUUCUCCCCAUGUUUGCAUGGCAUUCCUCCAGGUGCUCCAGUUCCCUCCCAAGGUCCAAAGAUGUCAUGUUGUGCUACAUGUAACUCCACCAUGCUUUUCUGUGUUUGUAAAAUCUACCUAACUGUCCUGUUUUGACACCAUUACCUUGAUUACUUGUGAUUAUCUCUCUGCCUUAAUUAGUUUGUACAGUUUUUGAUUACUUGUUACUUUUGUUAGAUUCUCAUCAUGCGACUCCGAUAUCUACUCACUGGGAUUGUAAUCUUUAAAAUUUUCUGUUCAAUAAAAUGAACAGGGCAGCACGAUGGCUUAGUUAUUAGCACUGCUGCUUCACAGUGCCAGGGACCCGGGUUUGAUUCCAGCUUUGGGCGACUGUCUGUGUGGAGCUUGCACAUCCUCCCCAUGUCUGCGUGGGUUUCCUCCAGGUGCUCCGGUCCAAAGGAGUGCAGGUUAGGUGGAUUGGCCAUGGUAAUUUGCCCAUAGUGUCCAGGGAUGUUCAAGCUAGGUGGAUUAGCCAUGGAUACAUGGAAAUGCAUGGAUACAGGGUCUGGGUAGGAUGCUCUUCGGAGGGUCGUUGUAGACUUGAUGGGCCAAAUGGCCUACUUCCACACUGUAGGGAUUCUAUGACUCUGUGAUACUCAUGAUAUUCCAGUCAAUUGAUUUGUCUCUAGCACCAUUUUACUUUCGAUUAUUUGUAAUUAUCUCUCUGCCUUAAUAAUCAGUUCAUAGGUCAUCCCUUUACUUGUUAUUCAGCUGUUGACAAUUUACUCACACCAUUUGUAUUAAUCUGUUGACAGUCUUGAUUACCUGCAAAGAUUUGUUAUUCAGCCUGUUGGCAUUGUACUCUCACUAUUUGUACUUAUCUGUUGACACUUUUAAUGACCUGGAAUUAUUUUGCCAUUAUCUCUUCGCACAUAUAUUCUGUGUCUGUGUGCUUCUCUCGACUUCACCUGAUGACAAAGCAGUGCUUCGAAAGCUUGUGAUUUUAAAUAAACCUGUUGAACUAUAA